GCCUAUAAACGGGCGAGCGAGCGAGCGAAGCGCACCUCACCUCCGCGCCUCACCUCCGCCUCGUCGCCUCGAAGGGGAGGGCGGGGGUGCACACCCCAUGACUUCCAGCGAGAUCGAGAUGCCCGGCGAGGUGAAGGCCGACCCCGCCGCGCUCAUGGCGUCCCUGCACCUCCUGCCGUCGCCCACGCCCAACCUGGAGAUCAAGUACACCAAGAUCUUUAUUAACAACGAAUGGCAGAACUCAGAGAGUGGGAGAGUGUUCCCUGUGUAUAACCCAGCCACGGGGGAGCAGGUGUGUGAAGUUCAAGAGGCGGACAAGGCAGAUAUAGACAAAGCCGUGCAAGCAGCUCGCCUGGCCUUCUCUCUUGGUUCAGUAUGGAGAAGGAUGGAUGCUUCAGAAAGAGGACGUCUGCUGGACAAGCUUGCAGACUUGGUGGAACGAGACAGAGCAGCUCUUGCAACCAUGGAAUCCCUAAAUGGUGGCAAGCCGUUCCUGCAAGCUUUCUACGUGGACUUGCAGGGUGUCAUCAAAACCCUGCGGUAUUACGCAGGCUGGGCUGACAAAAUUCAUGGAAUGACCAUUCCUGUAGAUGGAGAUUACUUCACCUUCACACGACAUGAGCCCAUCGGGGUGUGUGGACAGAUCAUCCCAUGGAACUUCCCGCUCCUGAUGUUCGCCUGGAAGAUUGCUCCAGCUCUGUGCUGUGGUAACACGGUGGUGAUUAAGCCAGCUGAGCAGACACCACUCAGUGCACUCUACAUGGGAGCCCUCAUCAAGGAGGCUGGCUUCCCACCUGGAGUUGUCAAUAUUCUGCCAGGGUAUGGACCCACGGCUGGGGCAGCAAUAGCUUCUCACAUUGGCAUAGACAAGAUUGCAUUCACUGGCUCUACUGAGGUGGGAAAGCUGAUCCAAGAAGCGGCUGGGAGGAGCAACUUGAAGAGAGUAACUCUGGAGCUGGGCGGGAAAAGCCCCAACAUCAUUUUUGCAGACGCUGACUUGGACUAUGCCGUGGAGCAGGCUCACCAGGGCGUGUUCUUCAACCAAGGCCAGUGCUGCACCGCAGGGUCCCGCAUCUUCGUAGAGGAGUCCAUCUACGAGGAGUUCGUGAAAAGAAGCGUGGAGAGGGCCAAGAGGCGAAUAGUGGGGAGCCCCUUUGAUCCUACCACUGAGCAGGGUCCUCAGAUCGACAAGAAGCAGUACAACAAGAUCCUGGAGCUCAUCCAGAGUGGCGUGGCUGAGGGCGCCAAGCUGGAGUGUGGAGGCAAAGGACUGGGCCGCAAGGGCUUCUUCAUUGAGCCCACUGUUUUCUCCAACGUCACGGACAACAUGCGGAUCGCCAAGGAGGAGAUCUUUGGUCCUGUUCAAGAAAUUCUGAGGUUUAAGACCUUGGAUGAAGUCAUAGAAAGAGCCAAUAACUCGGACUUCGGACUCGUGGCAGCUGUCUUUACCAAUGACAUCAACAAGGCACUCACAGUGUCUUCUGCAAUGCAGGCCGGGACUGUUUGGAUCAAUUGCUACAAUGCCUUAAAUGCCCAGAGCCCCUUUGGUGGGUUCAAGAUGUCUGGAAAUGGGAGAGAAAUGGGAGAGUGCGGCUUGCGGGAGUACUCAGAAGUGAAGACUGUGACGGUGAAGAUCCCGCAGAAGAGCUCGUGAGAAGGCCCAGGAGGAAGAGUUCCAGUGUGCCCUGACUGCCACACUCCACCAGAGCUGCUCUGCCGUGCCUGCCCAGCGGCUGGCCACUCACCACUGUGGCCUCUCAACCAGCAAGCUUCAGCCGACAGAGGGGAGGGGAGCCAAGCUCACCUUCCUCCCAGCCUCGCCCUCCUCUUCCUCCUUCCUUCCAGUGACCCCAGCUUGGUGCAGGCGGCAGCAUCAGUCCUUCCCCUCUCUCUCCACUGCUGAAUCCAAGCCAGUCUCCAACCUUGACGAGCUUCAUUUAUUUAAGAGUACCAAACAUCAUGUAGAAUAUGUGGAAUGUGGGCAACAUAGGUACAUGUAUAUACAUACACACACAUAGAUCCUCCUGUAUUUAACUGUCUUCUGCUUCUCACCACACCCAGUUUUGGUUUCUAUUUAUAGCCCUGUCUGUCCACAGUGGGUGGAAGCAAGCUCUCCUUGCAAAUGACAGUGCACUCAGCGGUUGAAGCCUUGACAAGCCACUGAGCCCCUCAGCGAAGGGCCUGCUCAUGUCUUGUAGCGCAUCCACGUGAACAUGCCAUUAACCAGCUGUUACCUUUAAGCUGCAGUAUAGGAUGUGAAAAGGAAGAGUUAUUUCUUUUAAUUUACUUAAAAGAAACUGUGCUAGCAAUAAAGCAUUUAUAUUGUGUA